CCUGUUGUCAGCAUGGAAAACCCAUUCCUGAAGCCUGCUGAAAGAUGCAUUUUAUGCAAACACGACAUACCACUUGACUACAAGAAUGUGAGAUUGUUGAGCCAGUUCACAUCGCCGCACACUGGCCGCAUAUAUGACCGAGGUAUCACUGGCUUGUGCCUUUUCAUGCAGAAAAGGAUUGCCAAGGUCAUCAAACGAAGCAGAUACUUUGGUUACAUGCCUUAUGAAAUGAAAGAUCCUAAAUAUGUAACAGAUCCUAAAUUGUUUGAUCCUUUCAAAAGAAGAUAG